AUGUCAGGUUUCCCAUCUCUCCAGCCCGCUUUCACAGUCCGCGUUGACAUCGAUGCGCCGAUGCAAGUUGGAGGCCAGCAUGGCGCGCAGCUGGUCAUCGUUCCAAUGGUUUCCGGUACGGUGAAGAGUGAGGAGGGCUUUGAGCCGAAGUUGGAUGGAGAACUACAUGGCGUUGGCUACGACUACAUUCACAAUGAUGCCGACGGCGGAAACAUGCGCUUGGAUGUGAGGAGUCAAGUCAAAAACCACGACGGCACAGUUCUGGCGAUGUAUUACAAAGGUACUGUGAAGCUCACGCAGGGAGUCGGCAAAGUGCUGUCUGGUGCGCCCGAUGCUAAGACAACCGACUAUGGCGAUUCAUUUGUCAACUUCUCUUUCGAGACGGGAAAUGAGAAAUACAAGGAACUUCAGAAUGGAACCUAUGUUGCUGCGGGUCAUUUCGUGACGGGUGAAGGCAAGCCGGGCGUUGUGGUGGAGUACAAGGUCAGUAAGGUUGUGUACAACGCCAGCCAGGGCAAGAUGGUUACUGUGGGAACAUCGCGAUCCUCGUACUUACUGACUGUAUCAAAUGCCUGUAUCGACGCUCAUUCUGGACUCACCAGUAGGAUGCCUGUGCUACCGCAGCCUCUCAUGGGUUUGGCGAACCGGUACACUACAGCCAUGUUUGACAAGCAUUAUGAGGACGAAAACUAUCUCGGAUUCGAGACGCUUGUCGACCCCAAUACCUACAACAUCCAGGUCAAGGCCUACAUGGACAAGAACCGAUGUCGUCUCCAAGAUCACAUGUUCUUAGUUGGCACAUACCACACUCACUUCGGACGCCAAAAAGUAUGGGCGCGGCCCACGGGCUUGGAGGUUGAGUAUUACCACGGCUUGCCGGAAGCGCUCGAACUUGCACGAGUAGAUGAUCUGUUCGAAAAUCGCAUCUACUACGUCCCGCCGUUCAGCUACAUGUCCACCUCUCAGAACACGCGUAUGAAGAAGGAACGUGUUUACGGUACGAAGGUAGUUGAGACAGUUGUCAACGUCGUCUUCCUGAAGCAAGGCUGGCUCGUUCACUUCGAGGUCGACUCUGAUACAGAUGCGCUGGAAGCUUUCAAGUAUGCUUGUAUCAACUAUGAACCGCGGAAGACGGAGGCUGCGAACAUGGCCAAGGUUAAGAAAGAGAAGGAGGACUUGAAUGAGGAGUAUCAAGCUCGCGCUUGGGGUCGUCAGAACAAUGAUUGGGAUAGGGGAUCAUCUUUUUCUCAUGCCAACGGCCAGGACAGAGACUCUCCAGGAGGACUACCAUCUCCACGCGUCAAGACUGAGCCUAUGGAUGAGGACAGCAGUCUUUUCCAACCCCCACUCAUUCCGAAUCGUGAUCCGCAAACCCAAGCCGGUUUCCCUCCUCGAAAGGGUGGUACACCAGCAUCCGGUCUUUCACAUUCUCCUAUACGCCGCCCUCCGGCUCCAAUCAUUCCACGUCGCCGCCAACCACCCACAUAUACACAGACACAGGCCUACGAGGCUGACCUCCGCACACAACUACAGCAGGCAAACCGUGCUCGUGAACAAGAUCGUGCUCAGCUACGGCAGGCGGAGGAGAGGAUCAGAGAGCUCGAGGACAUUCUCAUUGCCAUGGGCGGAUACUAG